AUGGAGCAUGGAAACAGCACAGAGGUGACAGAGUUCAUGUUGCUGGGACUGUCUCAGACCCGGGAGGUCCAGCUGUUCCUCCUUGGCUUGUUUCUUCUCAUCUACUCGCUGAUCCUCCUAGCUAAUGUCCUCAUCAUCCUCACCAUCCACAAAGAUCCCUGCCUGGGCUCCCCCAUGUAUUUCUUCUUGGCCAACCUGGCCUUCCUGGAUAUUUGUUACUGCUCUGUCACUCCAACUAGAAUGCUAGCUGACUUCUUCUGCCGCAAGGCUGUCUCCUACAGGGCCUGUCUAGCACAGCUGUUCUUUCUCCACUUCUUAGGAGGAGCUGAAAUCUUCCUGCACUUUGGCAUUGCCUCUGACAUGUACGUGGCCAUCUGUAAGCCACUACACUAUGCCACCAUGGUAGACACAGGGGUCUGCUGGGCCUUAGAGGUGGCCGCCUGGGCAGGGGGAUUCAUGCAUUCCAUUAUCCAAGUCGCCCUCCUUGUUCCUCUCCCCUUCUGUGGCCCCAACAAGCUGGACAACUCCUACUGUGAUAUUACCCAGCUGGUCAAGCUGGCCUGCCCUGACACCUACAUCUUGGAAUUUAUCAUGCUGUUCAACAACGACCUGGCCACCUUCAUGUGCUUCCUCUUUCUGCUGAUCUCCUACGGGGCCCUGCUGGUCCGGCUGAGGGCAAGCUCCUCCCAUGGGAAGAGUAAAGCAGCCUCCACCUGUGUCACCCACAUCAUCGUUGUCUUUGUCAUGUUCAGUCCAGCCAUCUAUGUCUACUGCUGGCCCUUCCAUAGCUUCCCCAUGGACAAGGUGGUGGCCGUGUUCCACACUGUGGUCUUCCCCUUCAUGAAUCCCAUGGUCUACGCGCUGAGGAAUAGAUUCAUAGAUAUUAGCGUCCAGGAAUCCAUGGAGAAAACAAACCAUACUUCAGUGAAAGAAGUCAUCUUCCUGGGAUUUGGCAGCCCCCAGAAAACCAAGAUCCUUCUCUUCAUGUUUUUCUUGUCCAUCUACAUGCUGUCACUCAUGGGGAAUUUCCUCAUUAUUGGCAUUGUCCUGAUGGAUCCCCUCCUUCAGGCCCCCAUGUAUAUCCUCCUGGGGAACCUCUCGUUCCUGAAGAUUUGGUACACAUCAGUCACUGUGCCCAAGCUGCUGGCCAACUUUUUGUCCAGAAGUAUCACCAUCACCGUAAGCGGCUGUGUGACUCAGUAUUACUACUUCUUCUCCCUAGGAGCAACUGAAUGCUUCCUCCUUGCUGUCAUGGCUUAUGACCGCUACUUGGCCAUCUGCAACUCACUGUGUUAUGCCACCAUCAUGAGUCCCAAAUUCUGCUUUGAAAAUCCUAAACAGAAAAUCACCACUGCUCAGUGA